GGAGCCACUGACACCGCACCCGACCGCCCACACCCGGCUCAGCGCUCGUCGGUCUCCUGGCCCUGCACGCUCUUGGGAACCCUGCGUCUGGCUCCCGGGCUCCACGUGCCUUGAGGUCCUCGGUCGCCCAUGGUCCCCAUGGCCACUCUGUGGGGCGAUCUAGGAGACGCCUGAGGAAGCCCAGACAGUGCCCGUCCACGGCCCUGCGGGCUUCGGGGCGGGAGUCUGCGGGGAGCUAUGCUGAAGCUGCAGGGUGAGGAUGAAGCCGCGCAGCUCGCCCCUCGGCGUGCCCGCGUCCCCGUGCCCAGACCCACGGCCCCCGACGUGUCCCCAUCUUCCGCCCGCCUGGGUCUUGCCUGCCUGCUGCUGCUGCUACUCCUGACUCUGCCGGCCCGUGUAGACACGUCCUGGUGGUACAUAGGGGCUCUGGGAGCCCGAGUGAUCUGUGACAACAUCCCCGGUCUGGUGAGCCGGCAGCGGCAGUUGUGUCAACGCUACCCAGACAUCAUGCGCUCAGUAGGUGAGGGUGCCCGGGAAUGGAUCCGAGAGUGCCAGCACCAGUUCCGUCACCACCGCUGGAAUUGCACCACACUGGACCGGGACCACACUGUCUUUGGCCGCGCCAUGCUCAGAAGCAGCCGGGAGGCAGCGUUCGUCUAUGCUAUCUCGUCAGCAGGAGUGGUCCACGCUAUCACUCGGGCCUGCAGCCAGGGUGAGCUGAGCGUGUGCAGCUGUGACCCAUAUACCCGCGGUCGGCACCAUGAUCAACGAGGGGACUUUGACUGGGGUGGCUGUAGUGACAACAUCCAUUACGGUGUUCGCUUUGCCAAGGCUUUUGUGGAUGCCAAAGAGAAGAGGCUUAAGGAUGCCCGGGCCCUCAUGAACUUACACAACAACCGCUGUGGUCGCACGGCUGUUCGGAGAUUCCUGAAGCUGGAGUGCAAGUGUCACGGUGUGAGUGGCUCCUGUACUCUGCGCACCUGCUGGAGAGCACUCUCAGACUUCCGACGCACAGGUGACUACCUGAGGAGGCGAUAUGAUGGGGCUGUGCAGGUGACGGCCACACAGGAUGGGGCCAAUUUCACAGCAGCGCGCCAGGGCUAUCGCCACGCCACCCGGACUGAUCUUGUCUACUUUGACAACUCCCCUGACUACUGUGUCUUGGACAAGGCUGCAGGUUCCCUAGGUACCGCAGGCCGCGUCUGCAGCAAGACUUCUAAAGGAACAGAUGGGUGUGAAAUCAUGUGUUGUGGCCGAGGGUAUGACACAACUCGGGUCACCCGCGUCACCCAGUGUGAGUGCAAAUUCCACUGGUGCUGUGCUGUGCGGUGCAAGGAGUGCAGAAACACUGUGGAUGUCCACACAUGCAAGGCCCCUAAGAAGGCAGAGUGGCUGGACCAGACCUGAACACACAGAAACCUCAUUCUUCCCUCCACUUCAAGCCUCUGACUCAAAAGCACAAGACCCUUGCAUGCGCACCUUCCUCUACCCUCAAUCCUGGGCUGCUAUGGCUUCUGUCACGGACCUGGAGAGUGAUCCGGAGGGACCCCAAUGUCCCGGCCGCCUGGUUCCUUAGCCCUAGGGACGUGUUGAUAGGGGAUGGAUUUAGGAGGCUGAGUGACUCCCUGAUGGUCCAUCUGGAGGUUUGAAGGGAGAGUAGGAGAGGUCUGUCUUCAGAGUGAUUUGAGUUGCACUAAGUCAAGGCUCAUCCUCCCCUUUGCUUGCACUGACUUCUGAUCCUCUUUGGGUAUGCAACAGGAAGGGAACCUGGAGGUAGCUUCCGUGUUUGAUGCUACUCUGCCUGAGGAUAGGACAGAGAUAAAACUGCCUGUCCCUUUGCUGGAGACAGUACGGGCAGACAAUCUUAGGCCAUAGUAUUCUGCUGAGACCCUGAGAUAGCUAGAUGGGUUAGCCACAUUGAACAAGGCUCCACAUCAUGCUUCUACGCAGCUUAUAAAGUAGUGGUUUGGUGAGGAGGAAAAUCACAAUGCUCUACAGAUACACAUUCUCUGUGCCUCCCUUUCCACCUACAUCACACAGCAGCAGCCUGCUCACUGGCUGCCUGUUCAGAGUGAGGCAGCUUGCAGUGGGUCAAAUUCUUACCAGGCCAUUAGAGGCCCGGAACAGGAUUGUGAGAGAAUGACAUAGAAAGCCUGGCUAGGCCUUGGGACUUCCCCCACAUCCACUAUUCCGGAGAUUCGGUAGGAAGGGAGGUAACUCAUGGGAAGGGUGAGCGCACCUGAUCUCAGGGGUUCCAUGAGGAUCAGUGUAUACUAGGAAGGCAGAGAUCUCGCAUUUUGCUAGUUCUUGAGGAUCUUCAGCUUUGAAGUAGGAACAAAAGGCAGCAGCUAUAGAGAGAGAGCUGGUGCUGGAGCCGAGGUGGCAAACAUCCUAUAAGGCCUUUCUCAUUUACCCAGCAAAUCUUUAUUUUGUGAUUCACCAGGUCCAACUGUUAACUACUGCACGUUCCACGAUCGACUUAAACAGGGAAGGUUCUCUCUGUGCUACUGACCGUUGCCUAACGAGGGUACACAGGAGUGGAGCCUUCAAAGAGAGCAGGCACAGUGACAUGGGGGUUCCAAACCUUGAUGGUCUAGUUUUAUGUGACCUCGACAAUGGUCAUCUUCUUCCCUAUUGAUAAACAGAAAUAGUAUAGAAAUCCACAGUUAGACUUAGGUCUAAUCCCAGCUAUUUACUCUCUAUUUUUUAUUUUCAGCAGGGUCUUUAAAUUCUCCUCUCCCAUUUUCUUAUCUGUAAAGUGAGGGUGAAACUGAGAUCUAACUGUGCCCCAAACUCUAGCCGACUGAUAGACGUCAUCAACACUCUCACUGGUCAAGUACUUCCUGCUUCUCUGGGACCUUCUGAUUUAGGGCUGUCUGGGCAGACAACAGACUAGAUUCAAAGGCUUUCACAAGGAAUUCUGGAUAUAGCUCCUCUCUCUCUUCUCAGGUUCCUCUUCAUCCAAUCGUACUCUCAGAUGUUUGUGGAGCAACCUCUUUCUGCCCAGGCAGCAGGAGGCUGGGGUGGGGUGGGGUGGGGGGGCACAGCUCUGGCCACAGAGGCAGAUUUAUUUGGAUGAUAGGACUAAUAUUUGUGUAACCUGCUGAGACCUGUGUGGGAGAGUUUAGUAUGGUUUUUCUUUUGGUGAGGGGAUUUGCUCCGGUUUCACAUCCAUUAACACAAAACAUGAGCUAGUCAGGGCCCUUGUGGUCUGUGGUGAGGGGAUGACUGGAGAAACGGGACUGAGUGAGUCAGGCGGAGGGAAUGUCUUCCUCGCAGAGUAGAGUCAACGGGAUAACUGAUGAGCCAGUGGUGGGGUCACGGAGGGGGGCGGAGGGGAAGAGGGACUUCUCUUGGAAGAGAGGAGUUUUGGGGCAGGGGCGAGAACAUCCAAGUUACGGUAUCAGUGAUGGCAUUGGCCUUCACUGGGGAGCCAGCCUGAGGUAAAUCUACUUGUGCUGUAUUCUCUUUGAGUUUGGGUUCUUAGCUGUGGCAGACAUCUGUGACAUCUCAUAUUACUCCAUGCCUUUGCCUGGGCUCCAAAUUCUAGCUGAUAAAGAUAUACAACCACUU